AUGCCCUCACCUGAACAUCACUGUAACAAAAUUACUAUGCCAACUGUAUUUCUUCCAACAAGUUUUAGUUAUGCAUUAGUAUAUCGCAACUACAUACAGGCUUGUAAAGAUAAGUAUAGUAAGAAUGCUCGUAUUUUGGCUGAAUCAACCUUUACUAAUAUUUGGAAAUCAUUAAUGCCGUCACUUCAAUUUAUGUUCUCGAAAACUGAUUUAUGUGAAAUGUGUGAAAUAAUGAAAAUGGAUAUUAGAUAUGCUUCACAAUAUGAAAAAAAAUUAGAGCUUACUAAUAGUUACUUGGCCCACUUAAAUCGAGUCAAUACUGUAGAAGAUGUAAUCUCAAUUGUUAAUUGUUCUACAAGAAUUAAUUUUAACGUUGCUCAACGUUAUCUUAAUGGAGAAGGCUUUCAAUAUUAUGAUUUUAAAAAUUACUUUCAAGCAUUCAAAAAAUUACCCCAUAUUCAAAAGUACCAUCAUUUUUAUUUUACUUCGCAACACACUGGAAUCGUCUUUUUUAAAGAUGAUCUUCAAGAUAAUUAUGAAAGUUUUACAAUUCGUCUCUUUUCUUUUAAUACCGAUACCCCACUCCCUACAAUUGAUGCCAAACCACUUUCUCAAAAGAGACAGGAAGAAUUAUAUAGAGAAAUCGCUCCUUAUAUUGAUUUACCUUUCCGCAACAUUACUUGUCCUGAACCAAAAAUUCAGGAUAAAAAAAUAAGCUAA